UUGACUCCUCGGUUCGUCUUUAUAAUCAGCAGAAAUAUAUUGAAAAUGUUCCAUUCAAGCAAAUACCAUAAUACUUAUUAAACUUCUUAUUUAAAAUGGCCGCAUAUAUUGGAGAAAUACGCAUAGGCAAAGAUUAUCAGGCAUCCCUUCCCCUAUAUCUAGGCGAAUACCCCGGUGGGGUAUUGAAUAAUAUUGACGCGGAUUUAGAAAUAGAAAACGAUAACUCCUUUCCUAAUCACCUGAUUACUGAAUCAUUACCUUCCUCUAAGUCCCCCGUCCUCGCUUUGAAAACUAAUUUUGACGCCUCCUCCUUUGACAUCGAUUAUCAUCACCAUAAAAUCGAUCAAAGUUCAAAUUCCAUAACACCGUUAGACGAAUGUGCGGUUAAGGCCGACUGCGACGCUAUGCAAUACCCAGAAAACGACCACCUAAUUUAUUCUUCAUUUGAACACCAGGCGGAUAUGGUUUGGAACCCUAAUUCCAUAUCUGACGACAGUCUUCUAGUGUUCAUUCGCGCCGCUAGGAGUAUCACAGCCUUUGCUGGUAUGUGUCAUAAAAAUGGCGAUAACAAAGAAGACGGAGCCUCAGUAGUAUCCAGAGACGACACGACCCAGCAUUACUUUGAUCUGCUUCACGAAAAUAAAUACGACGUUACCCAAACCUUAGAAGUAUUGGGUAAAGAGCCCCUGCCUAAAAUGUGGGAAAAGGAUUGGUCUCACGAGGAAGCCAAAUGUUUUACGAGAGCUAUCAAAAUUAUUGGUAAAGAAUUUCACAGGGUUCGCGAUGAAUAUUUGAAGCACAAGAAAACGAAAGAUUUGAUACAGUUUUACUACUUUUGGAAAAAGAGCCCCUACAAUCCUAGCCGGAAUCAAAGGAGAAAUCGAAAAAGCCGCAGAACUAUAAAUAAUUCCAUUCUCAAUAAUAACUCUUGUAAGAGUGUAGGCCUUAAUGGAGCAUCCAGAAUUAGGAAUCUUAAUAUGCCCAUCAAUGAAGUAUCCUCCCUCAUCAUAUCGAAUAGAUUAAACGACCAUACCAUCGGUACACAUCUCAGCGCUAACGAACAAAAUGACCCUUCAUCUUCGUUUAUAUUAAAUGCUCAAAGUUGUUCUCCCAUAGCUCAAUCACCACGGGAACCUAAAACUGCCAAUAAAGAUUCUUAUGACUCACAUGAUCAAUCCCACAUUUUCGAUAAUGAUGACAUACCUCUCGUAAAUUUGGUAAAGGUAGCUAGAGGGAUCACCAUCCCCAACAACCACACUGUAAACAUCAACACAUCGCCAUCACAUGAUAUAAAUAACUCGUCAUCGACAAAUAACGUUGUAAAACUUGUCAUUCACGAUGAAAAUAAUUCCGGCAACGUGGUUACAUAUUCUAAAUCGGAGCCUUUCGGAAUAGCAAUAGAAAACCUAUUAAACUCGAACCAAAUCGAUAAAAAUAUCAUUGAUGAGGAUCAAAUCGCGAUACACGAUUUGAACAAACUGACACUGAUAGACGACCAAACCUUAGAACUAAAAACUGAUAAAUCUGUGGAAGAAGAAUUAGACUUGGAUAACAAUAUUGGGUGUAUCGAAAUGAAAGAGAUAGAAGAUGAAAAAAAGACUGCUGAUACCAUCGAAGGCGUAACGAUCUUGAUGAAUGAUCAAGAUAAUGUUUUCGCUUCUCAACCAACUCUAAAUAAUCCUACCUGUCAAAAUAUUACGUCCAAUGCAACAAAUUUACCCAUUGAUUACCUGCCAUUACCAUCACACAUCGAUUACUUACCAUUACCAAACAUCAAUUCUAUUCCCCAAGAUGAUAAUGAAGAUGAUAAAUCAGACAACAGUAUUAUAAAUACUUAUCAAUACCUCCCAAGCGAUAACUCCGUAAUCUCAUACGCCAGUUCUUCUCAACUCACUUAUAAAAAAGACGAUAAAACACCAAGUGAAACGACAGAAAAGGUCCCCAAUGGUUUAACCAUUGUCGAAGAGAAUGAAGACACAGAUGAACAACCUUACAUUACAUCCAAGACUUAUACCAAUGGCAGAUUUUGUCGAGUUAUUGAAAAGAAAUCAAAUGGUGAGUCUUGUGCUAGAUGUGACCUGGUGUUUUUACUAAAUUCACAAAACUUCGAAAAAAUUGCCUUACAAAAUCAAAAGGCCCGCAUUUCUCAUAGAGCUUCAAAUAGUACGUUAAAUAUUCACGAUCAGAAUUCGGUUGAGCAAAAAUGUUUAUCUCAAAUAAAUCGAAAUAAUGUUUCUCUAUGUCCAUGCAGUGCCUGCAAUUUUUCAGAUCCCGUCAAUCAUAAUUAUAACCCUUUGAAUUCCCCCGCUCCUUCUCAAUUAUACGCUCCUCAUUUACCAUCGCGAACAUCACUCUUUGAUAGCUCUCGAGGAGUAUCGAACAAUUUAAUUAACAUGCCGCCUCUUAAUCGUGCCCCGAAUUCUUGCCGUGCUACCCCACUUAUGGACAAUACUAUCCUCAACAACUCUCUCGGUAAUAUGCCUUUCGAAGCAUCUUUCGCUAAUCAUCCCAUGUUUAUGACUCCUUUCGUGGCCGCUAUGUUAGCCAUGGCCAGAGCCCAUCAUUUGCCGCCUCUCCCUUUUCAGACGCCCAAUCACACAUCUUCUUCAAAUGGCCUAUCAUCAAAAUCAAAUUUUCAACAAGACGAAAAUAACAGGAGCGAGCCUGGAUUCGAUCCUCUUUUAGAUUUACAAUCGCCGUUUAUUGACCCACGAUGUUACUUUUUACCACCACCAAAUUUAGAUCCAAAUAAUAUGGCCCAUUGGUCCCCUCAUCCAUAUUUCGAUUACAAUAUGGAUGGAUAUUUACCUCAUCCCUAUUUACCACAACCUCAUCUUCCCAACGAUAUGUUUCCUAAUAUUAACACUCGCCCUGCGGAUGAAAAAAAACAUAUACGUGCUCAAAAUCGGACUACUCCUGAAUUUCCGUCUUUUGUUAUUCGAUCGGAAAGCGUCAUAAAACCCUCCACCCUACCCGCGAAAGGGAUCACACCUAAUACCAAUCAAAAACGAAAAUUGGAAAGUUAUACUGGAUCAACUAUAUCCUUUCCUCACAACGUUCCUUUUUUGCACCACGAGGAAAAGGGUUGCGUUAAAUCAGCCCAUAAUAAAGCGAUCAUUUUAUCCAAAACGGACAAACCUUUUAACUCCCUAUCUAUUCACGACCAACCCAUUUCUCUAUCCAACCGAUACCUAUCGUCAAGUCAACAACAUACGAUUAAUCCUUCUCAUAAAAUCACACCAAACCCAGUUUUACCCAUUUCACUAACUCAGUCCUCCGCAUCUCUAGCCCCUAAACCUCAUCGCAAAUCUAAUCACCCCCCACUAAAUCCCUCAUCGUACAUUGGUAGCCAAAAUAGCCAUCUAUCCAAUAAUGCCCCUAACGGCCAAAUAGGCGGCUUAGAUUUUCCCAUGUUAGAUAACUAUAUGUUGCCUCCUAAUUUUCAUCAAGGACAACUGUUAUCUCAUCCAUUUUACGAUCCAUAUGCUAUGUAUCAUCAAUUUCAGCCGCCUCAAUCAUCCAUGAGACAUUUGAAUGACAUGAUUAGCAUGCCACCGCCCAUCGAUUAUUACUUCCAUCAUACAGGUCCCCCGAUUCAAAGCUACAAGCCAUAGCAUAUCAAGAUGUAAUCGACUUCGUAUUAUGACUUUGUUUAUUCUUAGAUUGGCUUUAACCUCACUUCGGCAUUGCAAAUGCUGUUAGUAAAGAAUUGUGAACAAUAAUUUCCAUAGACGGUAUUACUUUUCCAUUAGAAAAGCUUAGUUAAUUUAUGAGUUUUAAAUAAUCAUUUAUCACAAAAAUGGUAUAAAUUGUAAAUAAUAAUACUGACAUUAGCAAAAUUAGACACCGACUUUUUCUUUGUCUAUAAUAUUACUAUUUUAUUUUACCAUAUUGUAAAUGAUUAUUAGUUAAAUAUAACACACCACACACGCUGAGGCUAUUAAUUAUAUUCUUAAUAUAUUUCGCAUUAAUUUAUAUUUAACUGUAUUUAUGUGAUAUAAUAAUUAUUUUGUAAUAUUCAUAAAACUAUCCCAUUUUUUUUAAUUACCCUUUAUCUUUUCUCGUUUAUUUCACAAAAAAAAUUGAAGAUAUUCAGUAUAAACAAGGUUUAUAGCUUCUUUUUUUUUAAAUUCCUGAGCCUCCUUAAUAUUUGAGCAGAAUCAAAUCACUUAAUGAUUUAUUUGGU